AUGAGGAAACAACUCGACCCGCGUAUACCGGCGCUCAUCACAAAUGGCGUCAAGGCGAAUCAUCGUUCCUUCUUCGUCAUGGUCGGAGAUCGGGGCAGGGACCAGGUGGUCAACCUCCACUUUCUGCUUUCGCAGGCGAGGGUCUCGUCCAGGCCUAGCGUGCUGUGGUGCUACAAGAAGGAUUUGGGCUUCACAACACAUCGCAAGAAGCGGGAAGCCAAGAUCAAGCGUGAUGUUAAGCGGGGUAUCCGUGAACCGAACGAGCAAGACCCGUUCGAGCUCUUUGUAGCAGUCACCGAUAUCCGGUAUACCUACUACAAGGAUAGCGCCAAGAUCCUCGGUCAGACCUUCGGCAUGCUGGUCCUCCAGGACUAUGAGGCGAUCACGCCAAAUUUACUGGCGAGGACGAUAGAGACGGUUGAGGGGGGAGGGAUUGUCGUGUUGCUCCUCAAGACCAUGUCGAGUUUGAAGCAGCUUUACAGUCUGGCCAUGGACGUACACUCUAGAUAUAGGACGGACGCCCACCAGUUCGUUCAGCCCCGGUUCAACGAGCGCUUCAUUCUCUCUCUCGGGUCAUGUGCGGACUGCAUCGUGCUGGACGACGAGUUGAAUGUUCUCCCACUGUCGAAGGGAAAGGAUAUCGCAGUAGGGGUGGAUCAGGAUGACCGAGGGAGGAAGCAAAAGGCGGAGGAGUUGAAGGAUAUGAAGGAGAGUUUGACGGGCGUGGAGAUCGUGGGGGCGCUGGCGAAGCUGGCCAAGACUGUUGACCAGGCAAAAGCGAUUCUCACCUUUGUCGAGGCCAUCUCGGAGAAGACCUUAUCCUCUACGGUUGCGCUUACCGCCGCGCGGGGUCGAGGAAAGUCGGCAGCUCUGGGUCUAGCUAUCGGAGCUGCUCUUGCGCACGACUACUCCAACAUCUUCGUCACAUCCCCCGACCCCGAAAAUCUUAAAACUCUUUUCGAGUUUGUCUUCAAGGCGCUCGAUGCACUUGGUUACGAGGAGCACAUCGACUAUGAUGUCGUUCAAAGCACCAACCCGGACUUCCGGAAAGCUAUCGUCCGCGUCAAUGUAUUCCGUGGACACCGUCAGACCAUUCAAUACAUCUCGCCCGAAGAUUCCCAUGUCCUCGGCCAGGCCGAACUCGUCAUCAUCGACGAAGCCGCCGCUAUUCCCCUUCCCCUCGUCCGCAAACUCAUCGGUCCCUACCUCGUCUUCAUGGCGUCCACCAUCAACGGCUACGAAGGCACGGGCCGGUCCCUCUCCAUCAAGCUCAUCCAGCAACUCCGGGAGCAGACCCGCUCCGCCAUAGCGCCCACGGACCCUACCCAGACCGCCGGCGCCGGACCGUCCAAAGCUUCUGCUGCCGGCCGAUCAGGUUCGGGUCUCGUCCGGUCUCUGCGCGAGAUCAAGCUGGAAGAGCCCAUCCGAUACUCUCCCGGGGACAAUGUCGAAAAAUGGCUCAACCACCUCCUCUGCCUCGACGCUACCGUCAUCUCGAAGGCGGUCCAGGGUUGUCCCCAUCCAUCCAAGUGCGAACUGUACUAUGUCAACCGUGACACCUUAUUCUCGUACCACUCGGCAUCGGAGGUCUUCCUGCAGCGGAUGAUGGCGCUAUACGUCGCGAGCCAUUACAAGAACUCGCCAAACGACCUGCAGAUGCUGUCGGACGCGCCAGCGCAUCACCUCUUUGUCCUCUUGCCUCCCAUAGGCGAGAAUGAUAAUACAUUGCCGGAUCCGCUGGUGGUGCUGCAGGUGGCGCUGGAGGGAAACAUAUCGCGGGCGGCGAUUCUGAAGGAGCUGAGCACGAGCGGGGUCAGCAGUUCGGGGGAUAUGAUACCAUGGGUCAUCUCGCAGCAGUACCAAGAUAACGACUUUGCGAUGCUGUCUGGCGCCCGAGUCGUCAGAAUAGCGACACAUCCCGACUAUGCCCGUAUGGGCUACGGAUCACGAGCUAUCGAGGCACUCAAUUCUUUCUACACUGGCGAGCUGUACAAUUUUGAGGAUGUGCAGGCGGACACGAGCGAGUCGUUUGAGCAGGCGGCCAAGGUUGCCCCAAACUCUACGCUCGCUUCAGACUCGAUCGGCGUUCGGGACGUCAGCAAGAUGCCGCCUCUCCUGCAGCGCUUGUCUGAGCGGAAACCGGAGAACCUCGACUAUCUUGGCGUAUCGUUCGGUCUGACAAAAGACCUGCUCCGGUUCUGGAAGAAGCAGGGAUUUGUACCGCUCUAUGCCAGCCAGAAGGAGAAUGCCUUGACGGGCGAGUUUAGCUUCGUCAUGCUCAAACAGCUGGCGAGUGCUAUUGUUCGGGAACAGGGUUGGCUUGGUGCUUUUGCAUCCGACUUCCGCCAACGCUUCAUGUCCCUCCUCUCCUACCCCUCUUUUGCCAAAUUCGACUCCUCCACCGCUCUCUCAAUCCUCUCCACCUCCCCAUCCGGCUCUAUGGCCACCGCCCCCUCCAACCCCAUCACACCUGACGAACUCAAUAUCCUCCUCUCCCCCUUCGACAUGAAGCGCCUCGAGACCUACACGGGCGGCAUGAUCGACUACCACGUCAUUCUCGACCUCGUCCCUAUUCUCUCCCACCUCUUCUUCUCGCGUCGCCUCGCCGACUGUACCCUCUCCGCCGCACAACAAGCGAUCCUCCUCGCCCUGGGCCUGCAGCGCAAGCCCGUCGAGGCGCUCGAGGCGGAGUUGGGGCUGACAUCCUCGCAGACCUUGGCGCUGUUUGGAAAGAUCAUGCGGAGGCUCGUCAAGCAUCUUGAGGAUGUACGGCGGGAAGGCGCCGGGCGGGAAAUCCCGACUGAGCAGCCCGGCUUUGAGGGUGGAUCCGCUGGUGUCGCGUCUGGCAGCGGAGGCAAGAAAUUUGAGGCGCUGGACGAGACGGUCGAGGAGGAAUUGAAGGGGGAUGCCAAGGCCGUGAGCCAGGAAAUGCGGACGCACAAGGGUGUGCAGAGGGAAUUGCUCGAUUCGGUGGAUAUGAGACAAUUCGCCAUUGAUGACUCUACCGAUUUCUCCGCACUUGAGCCCCAGGUCCGCGCGCUGGCCGAUGCGCCCCCCGAGGUCAAGUCGAGGCUCAACACCACGAUGAGUGUGCGGAGUACGGCGCCAGAGGUGGUUGAGCCGGCGGAGACCAAGGCGAAGGGGAAGAAGGACGAGAAGGGGAAGAGUAAGGGCAAGGACGGGGGAAAGGGGAAGCGGAGGGAGAGUGGGGGUGGAGAUGGAGGGCGGAAGAAGCAGAAGGUGUAG